AUGCUUGUGCCAAUUGAGGACUUAUACGGCGUCGCCACCCAAAACUCAUGUAUCUGUACAGAAAACAAUGGCCAGGCAAGGGCCUUUUUGGAACGGAAGAAAUUGGGGGUUUGCCCCUAUUUGCUUGUAGAAAUCUUGAAAUUAUUUGAAAACCGCGAAGUCUCAUUUGCAUUUUUCAAGUUGGUCUUCUGUGAUGCUUCGGAAUUCAUAGUCCAGUCGUGUUGUAUUGUCGCACAUGUCUUGGCUGCUGAGGGGUUGAGGUUGAUGGCACAGGAUGUUCUCUCUUGUGUAAGUAGUAGAAUUGGUGAAUGUAGGAGUAAUGAGUUGGUAGAGUUUAUGUGGAGAGAGCAUAGCAAGUAUGAGUCAGAUUUCUCGAUUCUUGAUUCUUUGAUGAGGGCGUUUGUGAAUGCAGAUAUGGGUUCCCAAGCAUUGAAAAUCUGGGAUAGAAUGAGGGAGGUCAGAAUUAGACCAAGUUUAUCAGCUGUUAGCAUUUUCUUUGCGCUGCUAAUUAGAGUUGGUGAUUAUGGUAGUGUAUGGAAGUUAUUUAGAGAUAUGAUCCAAAGGGGACCUUGCCCGAAUAUUUUUGUGUAUAAUGUGAUGAUUCUUGGCUUUUGUAGAAAAGGGUGUGUUAGAACAGGAGAAAGCUUGUUGUUUUUGAUGAGGAAGUAUGGUUGUGAACCUGAUGUUAUUGCACAUAAUUUGCUAAUAAGUGCAUAUUGUGUGAGAGGCUGGACAUCUCAUGCUCUGAAUUGGGCGCAUUUUAUGGCGGAAAGCGGUUGUGAACCAAGCACUGCCACAUUUGUUACAAUUAUUAAUGCACUCUGCAAGGAGGGCAACAUUGUAGAAGCAAGGAAAAUAUUUGAAGAAAUGCAAGAAAUGGGUGUUUCACCAGGCACUGUGACAUACAAUGCUUUGAUGGAUGGCCAUGUAAAGGCAAGAGAAAUUGGAAACUACAAAUAUGGGAGGGAAGAUGAUGGCAACAGGUUCUUAAGGGAAUUAUCUAUGAUGGCUUUGAUUCCUGAUUGUUCAAUAUCUGACAUGUCCAUUUCAGGAUUGUGUUGGGCAGGAAGGUUAGAUGAGGCUUUGCACUUACUGAAGACUAUGCUUGAGAAGGGCAUACCUGUUAGCAUAAUUGCCAUCAAUUCGCUCAUUUGUGCUUACAGCAGAGCAGGACUGCAUGAGAAAGCUUUUGAAGUGUAUAACAUAAUGACAAAAUUUGGUCUUACUCCUUCUGCUUCCACAUCUACUUCUCUGCUGAUAGGUCUAACUAAAGUAGGGAAGCUUCAAAUUGGAUUGGAUAUUUUCACUGGAAAAAUGCAUCAAAAUGGUAGAACGUAG